CGAACUAUUAUCUUACGCGCAUUCGUCUAAUUGAGAAUUUUUUAUGUCAAAUAUAAGACAAAUAUCAUAAUUUACUCGCACAAUAGUUUAUUAAAUGCCUAAAACAGUCAUUUUAAGCGUGUUUGGAAAGCUUUAGCUACGGACAGCCUGGUUUAUAUCUGUGUUAUUUUUGUUUAUCAGAGCUCAGUACUCCAGCAUGACUUCUGCUUCCACAAAGGUGGGCGAGAUCUUCUCGGCUGCUGGCGCUGCGUUCACCAAACUGGGUGAAUUGACCAUGCAGCUGCAUCCAGUGGCAGACUCAUCUCCUGCAGGGGCCAAAUGGACAGACACAGAGAUUGACAUGCUACGUUCAGCAGUACGACGUUUCGGAGAAGAUUUGAACAGCAUCAGCUCUGUCAUAAAGGAGCGCACAGUUGCCCAGAUAAAGACCACAGUGAAAAGGAAACUAUAUGAAGACAGUAGGGUACCUCUCACCACAGAGUCCCCUAAAAAGAUAAUGAAGAAGACCCCUGUGACGCUACCACCUCCUCCAGCAUCAGUGGCUCCCAGUGUUAUUUCUGUGCCAACCUCUCAGGUUGUCGUGACAACAGGAUUGCAGAGUUCUUCAUCUUUACAACCAGCAAUAAAGAACCCUAAACCAGCAGAUGUGACGCUGAGUGCUCUGAAUGACUCUGAUGUAAACAGUGAUUUGGUGGAUAUUGAAGGGCUCGGAGAGGGUUCGACUAAAAGACCAAACUUUGACCAGGAGAGCUUAAAUCUGGACUCCAGUCUGAUAAUGAACUCCAGUGAUUUGCCCCUGCUGUCCCGCUGAUUUUGCAUCUAUCAUGUUAAUAUUCAAUGUAAUGGGGGACUACAGUUAUCAAAAACAGCCCAUGUAAUGAAGCUGCAGUUUGAUUUUAUGCUAAGAGAACUGUAAAGGCUACAGUCAGCACCUGUUAUACAUUUUCCACUGUGGGUCAAAAAGCAUCAGACCUGUUUUAGAUCAGCGACUCCACCAUUGGUUCGUAUGAAAUGGUGUUAUUUUAAAAUAUUUUUAUUUGUUUUUGUUUUUUCUAAUUGGGAAAGUGGCACUUUUGGUCAGAACCUGAUGGAGAAACUAGUUUGUGUGGCUCGUUUAUGCCAUCUGGUACAGGCACAGUUGAAAUUAGUGGGUUUAUAGGACAGGUGUGCAGUAGUCAAACCAACAUGUACUUGUAAAACAUUUUUUAACGUCUCUUUUUGUAUUUUAAUAGGCCCUUUUGGAUAAAACGAAAUGUUUCUUGAAUUAAAAUGCUAAUUGUAGGAAUAUGGCACCUUGCAAGCAAAAAGUUACAGAAGUACCAUUUUCUUUCACUGCUAUUAUGAUAUGCGCAGCAUCUAUUGUAUGUAGUAUAUGGGACAAUGUAUAUAUUUUAUUUUUAACAUUGCAGAGUGAUUAAACAAGCCAUUUCGACAACAAA